CUCUCUCUGUGUGUCCACACCAAAAAGUACUCAUUUUUAUCUUCUGCUCAAUCCACUGUCCUUUUUCAUUUGGAUUGAAGCUGUCCACUCCGCUGGUUCAGAAACACAAACUCCCACACGAAUAGCAGACGUCAAUCAUGCUUCCUCUUCGUCCUUCGACUUUUCCAAUCCAACCCAAGUAGGAUGGCAACCCAGAAGUAAGCGCGCGCACUCUCUCUCUCGGUUUGCUUUUCUUGUUUCUGAGAAAAAAUGGGUUCUGCAACGUCGUCAAUGGCGGCGAAGUUCGCCUUCUUUCCUCCGACGCCGCCCUCGUACAGCAUCUACGCGGACGCAUCGACGGGGAGGUUGAGGAUGAGCGAUGUAAGCGAGAGAGACGACGUGGACGUGAUGAAGCUGAGGACCAAGAGAGGGAACGAGAUCGUCGCCAUGUACGUGAAGAAUCCGUCGGCUUCCAUGACCCUCCUCUAUUCCCAUGGGAACGCGGCAGAUAUUGGCCAGAUGUAUCACAUUUUUGUCGAGCUCAGCCUCCAUCUGGGCAUCAAUCUUCUUGGGUAUGACUAUUCAGGGUAUGGACAAUCUUCGGGAAAGCCAAGCGAGCAGGACACAUAUGCUGACAUAGAGGCAGCUUACACGUGCCUUCAAGAGACGUACGGGGUGAAGGAGGAAGACGUAAUAUUGUACGGUCAGUCGGUCGGAAGUGGACCUACUCUAGAGCUUGCGAUCCGGUUGCCUUGUUUGAGGGCUGUAAUUCUUCACAGUCCGAUCUUGUCCGGUCUUCGAGUCAUGUAUCCCGUGAAGAGAACAUUCUGGUUUGACAUAUAUAAGAAUAUCGACAAAAUUCCUCUGGUUAACUGCCCGGUUCUGGUCAUUCAUGGAACUGAAGACGAUGUAGUAGAUUUCUCCCACGGCAAGCAGUUGUGGGAGCAGUGCAAAGAGAAGUAUGAACCAUUAUGGCUUAAAGGAGGGAACCACUCUAAUUUGGAGCUCUUCCCCGAGUACUUGAGGCAUCUCAGGAAGUUCAUAACUGCCAUCGAGAAACUACCUCGCGUUCACGAUGUAUCUGUACAAAGUACAGAUAAUUCUGAACUUCCUCUAAUUACCAUUGAAGUGAAUAGAGAUAAGUCCAGGCUAAGCACCGAUCAUAGGGAGAAAUCGAGGCUGAGCACUGGGCAGCAGGAUAAGGCAAGGCUAAGCGCGGACAGCAGAGACAAGUCGAGAUCCAGCACUGACAAGAGAGAAAAAUCGAGAAAGAGUGUGGAUCGGCUGCUGAAAUCAAGAAACAGCACAGAUCAGCCGGAGAAAGCUAGGAACAGCUUUGACCGAUUGGGAGAUAUGGUGAGGUCGGUCGGGUUGUGCAAUGCCGAUUGCUUGAAGCCAACAGCUUUAGAAGCCUGAGCUUGAAGGAAGUGCCAAUGCUUGUGACAACUUGUGUACAGAUACCCCAUUUCCCCGAUCGAGUUUAUUUAGCUGGUUCCAUUUGAUAUUCAGAUAUCUUCACGGCGAUCCAGUGCAAAAGAAUAAAGAGUGGAAGGAUUAGAUGAUUAUGCACAUUGUUGUUGCUCUGGUGAUUGUAUUUUCAUUUUAAGAUUGGGAUCCAGAGAUCGGGCAAUCUCUAGAUUCUCUAGUUAUUUUAAGUACUUGAUUAUCCACGCAUUCACGCAUCUUAUGCUGAUACGAGUACUCGGCAUCGUUUGUUUAUAA